AGAGCGCGGGGCGAGGCGGUGCCGUGUGCAGAGCCCGCCCCUCGCUGCGAUUGGCCGGCUGUGCCGUCAGUCGUGGUUGUGGCGCGCUGAUUGGUGAGAGCGGGGCGAAGCACGGCCCCGCUGGCGGCCUGAGGGCGGCCCUGGCUGGGCAGCGGCGCCAUUGGCGGAGCGUCUGUGCGGGCCCGGGAGCGGCGGCAGCGGCCGGAGGCCGGGGAGGCGGCAUUGGCGGAGCUGGGAGGCGGCCCCGGCGCAGGAUUUCUUAUAUCCAGGGUGUGGCUGGAUGGAGGAGGAGGAAGAGCCCCAGAGAUCCUGCCCGGGGAGUGGCUGCAAACCCAGCCCAGGGAGCUGCCGGGAGGAAAGAGCCCCCCUGAGCCAGGAAGGCAGACGGAGAUCCAGCCAAAGCUCGCAGCUGGUGGAGAAGGCUCAUGGCAGGGAGAAGCCACACAAGUGCUUGGACUGUGGGCAGGGCUUCAGCUGGAGCUCCAAGCUGAUCCGGCACCAGAGGAUCCACACUGGGGAACGGCCCUACAAGUGUGGGGAAUGUGGGAAGGGUUUCAGAGACAGCUCCAACCUGAUCGAACACCAGAGGAUCCACACUGAGGAACGGCCCUACGAGUGUGGGGAGUGUGGGAAGGGUUUCAGAGACAGAUCCCACCUGAACCAGCACCAGGUGAUUCACACUGGGGAACGGCCCUAUGAGUGUGGGGAGUGUGGGCAGGGGUUCAGAGACAGCUCCCACCUGAUCGAACACCAGAGGAUCCACACUGGGGAACGGCCCUACGAGUGUGGGGAGUGUGGGAAGGCCUUCAGCCGGAGCUCCAGCCUAAUCCAGCACCAGAGGAUCCACACUGGGGAACGGCCCUAUAAGUGUGGAGAGUGUGGGAAGAGCUUCAGCCAGAGCUCCCACCUGAUCCGUCACCAGGUGAUCCACACUGGGGAAUGGCCCUACGAGUGUGGGGAGUGUGGGAAGAGCUUCAGAGACAGCUCCCAGCUGAUCCAGCACCAGAGGAUCCACACUGGGGAACGGCCCUACAAGUGUGGGAGGUGUGGGAAGGGUUUCAGAGAGAGGUCCAGGCUGUUUGAGCACCAGGUGAUCCACACCGGGGAACGGCCCUUUGAGUGCUUGGAAUGUGGGAAGAGCUUUGGGUGCCGCUCUGCUCUGAGAAAACACCAGUGCAUCCACACAGGGGAGAGGCCCUACGAGUGUCCCCAGUGUGGGAAGAGGUUUCGGACCAGUUCCGAUCUCCUCCUGCAUGAGCGGAUUCACACAGAGGAGAGGCCAUUCCGCUGCCCCGACUGCGGGAAGGGCUUCAAACACAACUCCAGCCUCACCAUCCACCGGCGCAUCCACACUGGGGAGAGGCCCUACGAGUGUCCCCCGUGUGGGAAGCGCUUCUCCAGGAGCUCUCACUUGACCCAACACCAACGGAGGCACCACUAAGGGAAGCCCUGUGAGUGCCCCGAGUACGGGAAGAGCUUCAUGUGCUUCUGCAGCUCCAUCCUCCAUGGGAGGAUCCACACUGGAUGUUCCUCAGUGACCCCCAUUGUGCAGAGCCCUGGUGAUCCGUGGUCCUGGUGAUCCAUCUUGGGAAGACCCCUGGAUGGAGUGCUCCACAUCGUCCUGGCUCCCCGUGGGCACCUGGAUGAACUCAGGGGCAGGAGCAUCCAUCGGGACACAGACCAAAAAUGGGAAUUCCUUGGGGAGAGUGGAUUUGUUGACUUUCAACCCCAGAACAUCUUUUGCAUUCAGUCCUAUCUGCUGGUGGCAUCAAGGAAUACUGAAUGGCCUUGGAGGUCUUUUCCAAUUUCAGGGAUUCCAUCAUUUUGAUUUCCUAUUGCCCAAGGGUGUCUUCCACAGCCAAAUGGUGAAAAAGUGGGGAAAAGAGCAAGAUUUUGGAGACAGUGGGGUGGAAACUCCACCAAAAAAGGUUCUUCCUUUCUACCCAAGUACGUGGAUCCUCAGCCGGCACAGAUAUGGAGAUCCUUUUCUUUUGGCCUUGAUUUGCUUUUCAUUUCUCUUCAUCCCUUCAAAAUAUCCAGUGUUGAGGUAAAAAUAAAGACAUUGAACUAAGACAUUGGUGUGGUCA